GCAAAAUUGUUGCCGAAGCAUAACUCUAAAGUCAAUAGGUGCUAGUUUGGGUGGGGAUUUGAAAAAAAUUCGUAUCAAAAUUCAGUUUUUUGUUAAUUUUAACUGAUUUUAUUUUAUGGCGUCUACUUUAUUUUUUAACAAUUUCUUCACAACUAAAUUGUAAAAGUAAAUAACUGAAAACAAUAAGUAACUUAAUAAAUUGAUUUUAACUACUUGCAUAACAAGUAUUGAACUUGAUGCCCUCAUUUCGCUCUUCCGAUCCCGCUAAUCAACUCUAACAUGUUAAGGACAAAACUCGCAAUAUACGGCCUCGUUGCCCUUGCUGCUUUCUCUCAGGUUCUUGAUGCUGUUAGUGGUGCAAGACAAGUCAGUACUGCAGGCUGCAAGCCCUCUUCGUGUGGAGCUUUAACCGAUAUCAGUAGACCUGUCAGAUUAAAAGGCGACCCUCCCGAGUGUGGCGACCUUGACCAUGAACUGGCUUGUGAAAACGAUCAAGCCAUUGCCCAAAAUGACGAGUAUAGGAGUUUCUAUGUCCAAGAUAUCUUUUAUGAUCACUCUGAAAUUCGAUUGGUGGAUGGGAGUCUGGACAGUCAUAAAUGCUCCAUUCUUCCCAAAUCCCUUGUAAGUGAACACCAAAGCGAUUUUAUCUAUUUUCUAAGUUGCCAAUUACCCAUGAACUCUUCGCUUUACGUCGAUGCCUCUCCUUGCGCCAACGCCUCAUUCUCUCCGCACCCUUACUUUUAUGCUUUGUUUAGCGGAGAGACGCUGAACGCCACUGGUUUUCAUGAAUCUUGCACCGUGGAAGUUCAGGUUCCGCGACCCGUUCGGUUGCGGUCUUCUAAUGUCACCGGUCUGGGUCUGUCUAUAUUCGAUGUUCACCAGGAGCUUCUGAUGGGUUAUGACGUGCCCUGGGAUUGCGCAAACUCGUAUCUUUCCCGCAACAAAAUAUCUCUUCGAAAGAUGUAAGAAUUACGAGCAAUAACCGA